AUGACUGACCGUGGAAUUGUAACAUACGACUCACCAAAAUUUGAACCGUCGGAAUUUGGUCCAGAAUAUGAAAAAAACAAACAAUCCCAUGAUUCCUCGAUGUGUAAUCUUUCAAACGAACAGGAUGAUAUUGAUUUACUCAAAGAUAUAUUUUACAACUUAAAAACGACCUCAAAAACUGAUUGGACUAAUAUAAACAUUGAAAGAAGACAUGAUUUUAAAUUUUGGGCAGAUGUCACCCAUAACUUUGGAUUUGAUAUUUUGAAGUCAGUGUUUAGUAUUGGUACCCCUUACUUUGACAAUUACAAUUUUGUAAAAUAUCACAUCAAAUCUGCUUUUGGCGACAAUUUAUCCUCCACUCCAAAUUAUACACUUACUCUGAGAAAUGAGGUCGCCUUUCAACUUCUCAGUGGCAUGAUCGAGAAUAGAAUUCCAGGCUCUCUCAGGCUAAUUAUUAGGGGAAAUGGUUACUUAUUUUUUGAAAACAGAAUAAAUGAGCUUUUAACAUCAAAAGUUAUUGAUCAUGAAGCUUUAUGCUAUAAUAUGAAUUCGUUAAUAACUUUGUUUCCAUACCUCCUUGAAUACAAAUCUGCAAACUUAUCGCAAAUGUGUUUUCGCUUUGUUUCAUCAAAAUUAUGGAAGUACAUGUGGUCUCAUGUAGGAAUAAAACUCAAAUCGAAGCAUGAAGAACCAGUGGAAAAGAUGUUUUACACGUUCUUAGAGCUUUCAACAGUUUACUUUUACGGGUCUAGGGGCCCAGGUUUUCUGAAGAAACUACAUUCAUCGUCCUCAUGUUACUUGUGGAAUUCCAUAAUACCCUUGAUUUCUUGGAGUAUGGAUAGGAGGAUUUUGUGUAAAAUAGUUUCUUUUAUUUCUGACAUUUUACUUUUGACCAUUUCUGAUAAAUGCCUCGAUCAAGUACCUAAAGAGGUUUUUAAGGCUCUAAAACAUAACGUGAAAAGAUCACUGGAUAAGGGAAUUUCAGAAGGUUUUAACUCGCCAGACUCUAUCUCAAAUGUCGAGUUUAACAUGUAUCAUUCCAAUGCCUGUGUUGGAAUGUUAGAAAGACUUUAUCAAGUUUUACAAUCUAAUACCCAAGAUUUUGAAAAAAAAGUACACUUGAUUUAUGAUCUUUCUUCUUUAUCAUCCUCUAAAAUCACAGUUCCUUACAAAUGUAAAAACAUUUUUGAAUCAGUCAAUGAAAAAAAAGUUAAUUUCUCUUCCAACAAAAUAUUUCCCAGAGUAUUGCCAUGCUUCAACUACGAGUGCUCCAGAGUUUACCACAUAGAUCUCCCACACAUUCAUCUCUUCAACAAUGAACAAAUUAAUUUUUUCUAUUGCAAAAGAUGCGGGAUACCAAGCUACUGUAGUGAACGGUGUUGUGGUGAACACUGGCAGAUCUCUCAUAAGGAGCUCUGCCCAUACUUCAAGAACUUCCCAACCUUCUCAAGAUUUUUACCCAAAUCCGAUCUUCAAAUACUCUCAACAUUCCAAGAUGCCAAAAUUGGGUUUUUAGAUUCGAACCUUGAUGAAAACUGGAAGCUGAUAUUUUAA